CUGUUUUGGAACUGUCACUUAUCGCAUUCAAAUACAAUUAGACUCUUCUUAUAUUACUGUAUAAGCCUAACAGUCACUCCUACUUGUACUUUGUCGAUUUUAUGGCUAUAGCAGAUGGGGUGUACUUUUAUUGCCUUUGAACAAAUAAACAACAACUUCAAUAAUUUCAAUUUUACAACGGUGUAUCUUGAGAUCUGCGUCGAGACAGUAGCCAAAAUGACAAAAGUACACAUUGGUACCUGUGAUUUUAACAAUAUAAAUAUUGACGAAUAUUUGCCAAGUUAUUAAGAGUUUUCGUUGUCAAAUAUACUGUAUAAACAUAAGUCGCUUAUGUACCAGUGUAUGUCUUAACUCCGAAAAAAAAUGUUGUUUGUGAACAACCUUCUUCGGAGAAAAAAAAAGUUGCAUAAUUUGCUUCAUAUCAAUGUUCUUCUAAGCACCCGUUUACCCCCAUGCCACCUCUUUAAUCAUCUCUGGGAUAACUUGGUCAUGAGAAAAUGACAUUCUUUUACUUUUUACGGAGAGAAGCAGUGCUGAAUAAAAUCAAACCAAUUGAUAGGAGAACUGGGACUGUACGAAUUUCUAUAUCAGCUGACACCCUUUACCAAUCCGGCAGUUCAGUGGUCUUGUGAGGUGUCACUCUCAUCAUGCAAUGUUUCACUUUCAUUCAAGUAACGGUGGGCGAUCCUGAUUUAUUUCCCACUCGGAAUGACUGCUCCAACAUUAACUGCAGUGUAGCAAAUAACACUGGUCACAUGUGCUGUUCAGACUAUACCCGGGAAAACGGUGGAAAUGAAGAUGAGUCAAGUACCACCUCAGCCAUAAUAUUUUUUGUUGCUGUUAUCGGAUCGCUCAUUACAGUGAUAGCCCUGAUGCUCCUGUGUAUAAACUGUAAAAAUAUGUGCAGUCGUCUCUAUCACAAAGAGACCUCGGAUUUAGGGCGCAGCUCAUCGGUCAACACUGUAUCUGCCGCAGUGCAGACGAAUUCAACAGACUUGCCGCCUCCUUACGCUUUUCAGGAUCUGUAUCAUAGCAGUAAUGAAUGUGGCGACAUAGCGGAACUGCACAUUCCAAGGUGUCCGUCCUACGUGAUGCAUCCUCCGAAAUACCAAGAAGUCAUUUCUGAAGAUGAACUGGGGAAUGUUGAAAAUAUCACUGAUGACACUGCAAUUGAAUUUUCCAUUAAUUCUGGUGUUGUCGCUUAAUUUUAUUAGUGAUUUAUCUCCAUGAAAUGCAUUUAUGAUUUGAUAUUUUUUGUGAUAUUAUGAUUUUGAUACAAGAUGCAUUUUGAAAUGUGUUCAAUUUUUUAAAUCGGACUUUUGUAUAUAAUUUUGGCAAUAGUUGCGAAAUGAUAUUUGUCUCAAUCCAGGGUAUGCUAUAUAGUAUGCCAAGAAUUGUUACGUAUAAUAUUCAAGCAAGAUCGAAUCGUAAGAAGUGAAAGUGAAAGUAACACUAUUAAAGUGGAGGUGAGUGUGUGAAGAAGUGUUAUUUGUGUAUUUAUUCACAGAAUGUCUCAUGGUGUGUUUCUAUCUAUGGGUGCGAGUCCAGUCCACAUUUCUAUUCUGUAAUAUUAGCGAGUGUUCGAAUCUUUUUCGAUUGUGCCAUGUACAUAAUGUAUAUAUAUAUAUGACUUAUGAUGUCAUUGUACAUCUGUAUACAUGUAUUUAACUAUAUCAUAAUGAAUCUUUGUUAUUUUUGUUGUUGAUUUAUCUUGGAAUGUAAAUCAUGAUACAUGUACAUAUAACAUUACAAAGGCAUUUCUUAUAUGUAUUUUUUAAUAAAAUCACAUUGCAGUA